UUAGAUGAAGUUCAUUGAUUUUGCUUUGAUACCUAUAUUUGACAACAUUUAUACUAAAUGUAAAACAAGCACCUCUCAUACAAACUGGUGCAUAUGACUUUGAAAGCUUAAUAAUUUUUGUCUGGUGACAUUUUCUGAUUUCAUCAUCUGGUGUUGUUCACUUCCUGCUUGAUAAAUCCCCUCCUCGGAGCUUCAUAUUCGGACAAGGAGGGGGCUGACAGUUUGGCAUUCACUCACUCUCUCUCUUCCUGCUAGCAACAUCUUUUCACAAGCUGCUCUGUCUAGUGCAGUCUCUUCAUUGAGCUCUCUGGAUUGCCAUUGAAUACUAAGCAAAGCAAAGCAGUGUGUAUAAAAUGUCUGCCAUGGAGCCAAUGAGUGGGGUUUCACAAGAGGAGAUGAAUAAAUUAUGUGCUAAUGGAAAAGCCACGAAAGUACAAGUGCAUUUAGAAGGAGCUGAUAGUGCCAAGGCAGCAGAGGUAGGCGAAUCUGAAAAUGGAAAGAAAAUAACCUUUCAAACUGGACCCCCACAAAGUGGACCAGCAGGAAGACGAUACAAGAGGCGAUCUAGAUCUCUUUCCCAAUCCUCAACAGAUAGUAAUACAUCAGGGUCCUAUUCCAGUUACUCAGAAGAUGAAGAUGAAAUCUCACCCAGACAGAAAGAACAGAAAAAUUCAAAAGGAUCAAGUGACUUUUGUGUUAGGAACAUUAAAAAGGCUGCAUUUGGUAGGCGUGAGAUAGAGAUAGCAGAACAAGAAAUGCCUGGUUUAAUGCUGCUAAGGAAUAGAGUAGCUAGUGACAAGCCUCUGAAAGGAGCAAAAAUCAUUGGAUGUACCCACAUUACAGCUCAAGCUGCGGUUUUGAUUGAGACACUAUCAGCCCUUGGAGCAAGUAUCCGUUGGUCUGCUUGUAACAUCUAUUCCACCCAGAAUGAAGUUGCUGCUGCUCUAGCUGAAGCUGGUUUUCCUGUCUUUGCCUGGCGUGGAGAGACAGAGGAAGACUUCUGGUGGUGUAUUGAGAAAUGCAUUCUUGCUGAUGCAUGGCAACCAAACAUGAUCCUUGAUGAUGGUGGGGAUGCCACUCACCGUAUGAUAAAGAAGUGUCCAGAGACGUUUACUUUUGUCAAAGGAAUUGUGGAGGAAUCUGUAACUGGAGUUCACCGUCUCUACCAACUCUCCAAAUCAGGAAAGCUGAGCAUUCCAGCUAUGAAUGUCAAUGACUCUGUCACGAAGGUUAAAUUUGACAAUCUUUACUGCUGUCGUGAAUCUAUCUUAGAUGCAUUGAAGAGGACUACUGACACCAUGUUUGGUGGUAAACAGGUAGUGGUUUGUGGUUAUGGAGAGGUUGGCAAAGGAUGUUGUGCUGCUCUAAAGGGUCUAGGAUCUAUUGUCAGUGUGACUGAGGUUGACCCCAUCUGUGCGUUGCAGGCUGCUAUGGAUGGCUUCAGAGUUGUGAGAUUAGAGGAAGUCCUAAAAAAUGUUGAUAUUCUUAUUUCAUGUACAGGUAACAAGAAUGUUAUUCAGAGACAUCACCUUGACAGACUAAAGACUGGUUGUAUUGUUUGCAACAUGGGACACUCUAAUACAGAGAUUGAUGUGGAGAGUCUACGUACACCUGAUCUAGUUUGGGAGAGAGUUCGUCAGCAGGUAGAUCAUAUUAUCUGGCCUGAUGGUAAAAGAAUCCUCCUUCUUGCUGAGGGUCGUCUUGUGAACCUGAGCUGCUCUACUGUACCAUCAUUUGUGGUAUCCAUCACUGCCUGUACACAAGCUCUCGCUCUUAUUGAACUAUUCAAUGCUCCACAGGGCAGGUACAAACAGGAUGUAUAUCUACUCCCUAAGAAACUGGAUGAAUAUGUAGCAACCCUUCAUCUGCCAUCGUUUGAUGCUCAUCUAACUGAGUUAAGUGAUGAACAAGCUGCCUACUUGGGAUUAAACAAGACUGGUCCAUUCAAACCUAAUUACUAUAGGUAUUAAUUGGCUUGUGUAUUGAUCUGACUGUAAGUCCAGAGGCUCUCUUACUGUUCCAUUCUAUAGCACUGUAACCCACAACUGACAAGUAUUAUUCAUCAUAAUGGAGUAUAGUUUGAUAGAACGAAGUGGUAUUUUCCUAUCCCUGAAAGUGUAAUUCAGAGAGCCAUAGAAAAUAUAUAUGACUUUUGUGAAUUUUGUAAAUGAUAUGAUAUUGUAUCCAAUAUUUGCUAUGGUAAGAAGAAUAUACCAACAUGUUAUAAUGAAAAAGUAUUUGUUGAUAUUUGUGAGAAUGAGAAUCAAGAAAUAGUUGAAUGAUUACAAGGGUUUUUGGUCUUUCUCAUACCUAUAUAUAUGGCAAUAGAAUGGUAUAUGCUGUAUUCAUUAACAGUUCCUAUUUCUCUGCUAGAAGCAUAGGUUAAUCUAAAUGGGGCUUGGUAAAACACACAAGAAAGAAACAUGCAAAACAGUUGUGGCACUUCUUUAUGGAAAUAAAUGACAAAUGUAUGUAAUGAACAGCUCAUAUUCUUUAUUGAUCCCUGAUUCACAAGAUUCUAAGAUAUCUUGUGUAUCAUACUUCAUAUCAUUAAAAAAGAAGAAACAAAAGUGUUAUUUCAUGGUGUGAACAAGCCUUUAGAAUUGCAGGGAAUUAAAGAGUUGCCAUAUAUCUACCACCCAGUCCCAGUUUAUGUCCAGAUAUGUGUGUGAAGUGUAGGUGGCAUUAUACAAAUAUGUAUUAUUGAUUAUGAACUCUGAAGCAAUACAUUGUAGAAAAAAAAGUUAUAUGAAUUUGAAUGUCUGUCAUUAAAUGAUUUGUAUGACAAGGAAGAAUCAACUAGAGAUGUAGAUUUAUUGUUUGAUAAAUUCAGAGAAUUUAUUAAUAAAAUCAUGUAUUGAUUGAAGCAUGUACAUAGCUGUUCUCUAAACAUGAAAAGAAUAGUACCUUGUAAGUGUCCUGUAAAGUCAGACAUUGCAUUUCAAUUAGAAACAUUGGUUUAGCAUGUUGGUUAUUUCUGUGCAGGGUGUGUACACUUCUCAUUGUAAUAUUAUACAGGGUUGAUAUAUUUGGUGUAUUAAAUGUCACCUGUAUGCUUAAAUUGAACUCAGCUAAUGGCUGAAUUGUUUUUCUUUUCUUUAUUUAAAAAAAAAAUAAAUUAAAUUACCUGUGCAUGGUAUGAUGAAGAAAAGUGUAAAAUGUUUAGUUCAUUUGAUGAUCUUUUCCUUUUUUUCUUAAAAGAAAUAUAUGUAUGUAUUGUCAUUCUUUUACUUUAAUUCAGUUAAUACUGUAGUCCAUUAUCUUUCCACUUUACAAGUAUAUCAUGGCGAUUUUCAUGCUUUCUGCCCCUAAGGGUAUCAGAGGCGUUAUUUUUAAAAACUUUUAACAAAUAUAAUACCAACGUAGUGAAGGUUUAACAAUGCUGAAAUAAGAUAUCACCUUAAACAAUCAUUACUUUGAUGAAAUAAAAUCAAUUUAUAGAUUCUAAUUGUGAAACAAUCAUAGGGUAUACAAAUAAUAUUGUUACCCAACAGCAAUAGAGAGAACCAGAAGCUUCGAUGAAAUGAAUGCUUACAAUAAAAAUUUGAUUAGUAUGUUUACAGUAUUCUCCUCAGACAGUGCUACGUAAAUAAAUGUGUGUAAAAUACACACUGUAAAAGUAAAAUGUUUGGCAAGUGAUUAUCACAUGGUUUGAGACAUAAGGCGAUUCUGGUUAAUUACUCUUGUCAUAAGGAAUGUAAAGGAUAUUAUGCUCUUUGAAUCAAAUCCACAUAUUUCUGAUGUAAAUUUUUCAGAUUUGCAAUUCAUUUUGAAUUUUUCUGGGUACUCUUCCCAAUGUUUACUACAUGUGAAUGAUGCUUGGUGUCUCAUCAUGAUACUGCAGUUAGUCUUCUUUCUUUUUCCUGAAUGUUUAAAGAGGAUUAUAACAUGUUGGAAUUAUUUUCUUCUGCACAUUAUUACCUUGAUUGAAGCUCUUGUACAGUUGAUUGUAUCUUCAUAUUACAGAGCCCAGAUAUUAUGUACAGCACACAAUAUCACCUUUGAUAUUGCACAUGUUAUAUUGAUAGCUACCAGUAUAUGAGAUAUACAGUGUAUAUAUUAUCUAUGUGCCACAUCAGGGGGCUCUGGAACUAAAUCUUGGUCUUAAAAUGGGGGUCUCUGGAACAGUUCGAGUCAACGAUUGCUAAAAACAGGAUGCUCUGGAACUGACCCAUCAAAAUCGUAUGAAUCUGCGCCGAUUUGAGGGUCUCUGGAAUGCGUAAAAAUAGGAAUUUCUAUAAUUUUCUAAAUUGGUGAUUCUCUGGAACGGAAAUUUAGGCUAAACAUGGGGGUCUCGACUGCGGAACAUACCUAUUGUGCAUUUAUACUAAGUAGCCCCCCCCCCCCUGGGGACUUGAUGUUGCUCUAGUAUCCUUAGAGAUUUGAAUAUAAUAAUUUUCGGGUAUCAUAUGGUAAAGAGCAAAGUGACUUCAUGGAAUUACUCCUGGUUUUACCUGGGGGCUGUUUCAUAUGGUUAUUCGUAAGUUGAGAACUACUGGUGAAUCUUUCUUACGUGCUAAACCAUGGCCAAUGAACAUAUUGGUGUAUACCAUUUACCACCAAAAAGGAUCACCUAUUGUUAUUAAAGUUACUCUUAUGAACAGCUUUAUGAAAUACCCACCAGGAAUGAUUGAGGGGUCAAAUAUUUUACUUAAAGAGAUUUUAAAUGGAAAUUAUUAGAUAUACUUUUUUUUCCUAAUUGGUGAUCAAAAAAAUUAUAAUAAUGAGAUGCAUUUCCAAGUAUUGACAAAUUAUGCAGAUGUAUGAAUUUAGAUCAGAUCAGAUGAUGAAAUGACUUGAUACUUAUUCGCUUAAUUUCAUUUCCAGCUCUGCUAAAUACUAUGUUUAUUUCACUGAUUCAAUUUGAUCUUGUUCUACCUCCUUGAUUUUAUGAGCAUUGUCACAUAAAAGUUACUAUUAUGGUAACUAAAUUCACUAUUCAAUUGUAGCUACCAUGGCUACAAUGAUCAGCAUUCAUUAUGUAAAUCAAGGAUUACAUGGAAGUGAACAUUACUGGCAAACAUUUUUAUGCAAUGAUCCCUAGCCAUAGUGAUGAUGAUGCACCACAGCAUUUGUAUAGCGCCAUAUAUCUGUCAAAGACAUUCAAAGGCACAUUGGAGGAGCCAGCCAAUCUGGGUCGCCUUGAAGGGCGCGCACACAGAAUUGUGACUCGUAGGUCACUCCUCCCAUAGUGAUACUAUAAGGAAACUUUCAUGGAAUAGGGGCCAUAUUUAUGAUUUUUUUUCCAAACUUUGUGUAGAGUGGGCAUCUUCCAUUACAUUUUUCAUCUUUCUUGCCGUUAUUAUAAUAAUUAAGAUUCUAUUUCUGUCAGCUCAAAGCUGGAAUAAUGCCCGUUCACGUUGGCAGCACUGUAAUUUGAAGACAUGGUAUUUGAUACUUUUUAUUUCUUGCCCGAAACACAUGGUUACAGGUACUCAAUCUUUUUUAUUUGUUUCUUCUAUUGGUCCAUAAUUAUGAAUUAGUAAUUGGGGAAUCGGGUUGGUCACAUUCCAAUUUUCUAGAGACAAUAAAUUUUUGUCAUGCAUUUCUUGAUAUAUUUAGAAGAGUUAGACUUGACGGUUCUUUUUUGCAUGAUCCAUGCCAUCAACAGUCAAGUGUGAAUGAUUUCCAUUUAUUUCCAAAGAACAUUUACUUCCAAAGAUUAUUUUUAUAUGACAUUGCUUUGCAGGGACUUGGUUGGGAUGCAGUGAUGUAAUUCAAUAAGCUGAGAACACUGAAUCUCCAAGAUGAUUCACAACCUGAGUGAUCGCUAUAUUUUAAGAUGAAACAAAUAUUAAUUAUAUCUAGUAUUCAAAUUUUCUUCAUUACGUUUGAGUUUCGCAUAUCAAAUAUACAGAUUUGAAAAGAACCUCUGAUUUUUCAAUUUUUCAUGUUUAGUACAUUUUCUGUGACUACUUAAAGAGAUAUCAUCAUUUUAUGAGUAUAAGUUCAAGAGAACACAAAAUAUUAUUGGCUUUUCAUGCAGGUAUUUUGUUUAAAGCACAAAUUUUACAGUUUGGUUCUAACUUAUAUAUGAUUCAAAUACUGUUGUCGAGCAGAAACUGUCAAAAUUAUGAUGGAUUAUGAAAUUAAACAUUCAUUUUCCCUUUAAAAGGAAAAUACAUUUACCGGUAGACAAAUUCUAUACAUAUAUUGAUUCUAGUCACCUGGACAAAUGGAGUACAUUUUUUGUGGCCAUUUUUUUCCAUCUUCAUUUUGAACUCCUCGAUAUGAGGAAAAUGCAUAUUAAAGAUGUUCAUGAAUUCUAAUGGAUUUCCUCAAUAAUUAGUAGAUUUGGAUUACUUCAUAACAAUAUUUUGAUUGUGACUGCUUAUGAAGUUAUAAAUGAUAAUAUGUAGAGUUAUUGAUAUCAUACAUACUUAAAUGAGAGAAUGCAUGUAGCAUUGCCAGCUAAUGGAUUUGAGAUUGUAUGAUUGCUUGAAAUAGCUUAUAAAUGCUGAAAAUAAACUGAAUGAAAAAAAGA